AAAAUAAAGAGAAACCGAAAGAAGCUGCUGCAUCAUGUUGUUGCAUCAUCAUCAUCAUCAUCAUUAUAAUCAUCAUCUGCCGGGAGUCAACCCGCCCGCACUCAAAACUGGUCGGAGCAGCUUACUGAGCGGCUCAGUCCUCACACAGCAUCAGCAGCUCACCGAGCAACCUGCAGCCCAGGUGGGUCGGCCUGACUCACCCCGCUAGGCUGGAUGUGUGCUGAUCCGGACCGGGUGAAAGUUGGUCCUGCUGGAGGAGAAACAUGCCCCUGCUGUUCAUGGACACCGGGUGUGAGCUUAGCAGCCCCUGUGGCUCCCUGUCAGCGGAGGAGUGCAGCAGCAGCACCUCUACUCUGGAAAGAGAAGGAGAGGGGAACCGGCCUCGACCCAGAGUGACAAAAAGGCGAGAAAAGAACCGAGACGCGGCGAGGAAAAGCCGGCGUAAACAAACAGAGAGAGCUGAUGAGCUGCACGAGGAGCUGCAGAGUCUUGAGCAAUCAAAUUCAGCUCUGCAAAAGGAAAUAGCGAAGCUGAAAAAAGACCUUCGCCUCUAUGAGACGGCGCUGGAACGCCACAAACCUCACUGCCACCUUAAGGACGUCGCUUCGUCCCCAGCAGAUCUCAAAACCAGCUCCAGUCCUCUGCAGGACUCUCCCUCCUUAAGCACCAGAGUGAGUUUAAAAGCCUUCAGUGACCCUGAAAAGACUCGCCUCCGGUCUUCAUCUUCCUCUCCAGCAGUAGCAGCAACCUCGUCGGUUAAACUCCUUGCUACCUCAUCCUCAUCCUCAUCCACUUCUCCCUAUUCUGCCUCUUUCUCCACACAUCCAGCUCCUCAUUCUUUGUUUUGUGAACCGCCUCCCAGCUUUGUUCCUUCCACAACAUCUCAGCUACUGACCAACAACACUAACACAACCGCCUCAGCAUCUCAAAGCGGAUCCUUCACAGACGAUUCAUUUUUAAGAACCCUCAGUUCUUCCUUUGCAGCUGCACCGGCAGUGCAUUCCUCCUCAGCGGUCCAAAACACAGCUUUACCGAAACCACCUAGUCCCAGGAAUCUGCCUCAGUUUCCUCCCUGCAGGUUCAGUGGAAGCAGUACUGCGACCUUAGUGACCUCUCCUCCUGCUGCUCCUCUAGCCUCCAUCGAAGGUUACGAUCAACAGGUUUCUCCAGCUCCCGGGUCUCUGCUGUCCCUGCUCACUGUGCCCAGCCCUCUGAUUCACUGUCAGACCAGCUUUCAGGCACCAGCCGCCUCUAAAGACAUGUCUCUCUCUGAGCUGCUGGAGGUCAACGAGUGGAUCCUGAGUGGCUUCGGUAACCAGUAGCAUCACAGAACAGCUGUUUAUUUUUAUUACAUUGAGAGAAGUCCAACUGUAAGACACAACCAACGUCUCACACUGCAAAAACAAAACAUCUCACCAAGUAUUUUUGGCCCACUUUCUAGUGCAAACAUCUUAGUUAACUUUAAAUAAGACAAAACUAACCUUCAAGUUACGAUCCAGAAGAAAUGGGAGCUUAUCACUUAAAGUUGUUUUGCAUCAAACCCUAUUAGGUCUUUAGAGCUUGGAGUCGUCAUAUAAUCCCAACAAUAAGAUAAUUUUCUAGUCAUUUUUACCAGGGAUGUCAAUAAUAGUAAACAACCUUAAAAUAAAAAUCAUUGUAUUUCAGCAGUAUAAUUUUCCACUUAGAUAUUCAGUUACAGUAAUGCCAGAAAAAACACUUUUCUGCUCUACCAUCACAAAUGUAAAUAGAAGUAAAGUUUGCUAAAGUCCUUCUUGUGGGGCUGUAGGGGGAACAUGUUGCCCAGGGCCCCAUUUAUGUAAGAACUGCCCCUGGAUAGAGCAGAAAAAGCUCUUUUCUGGUAUUGUACUUGCAUUACUGAUCCCAUAAAAGAUCAAGUUACUUUAAAUAUUUCACACAGAAAUACGUCUGUCUGAAAAUGUUGGCUGGUAAUAAAUGAGCUGCAGCUCUCAAAGAAUGAAUCAACUCAACAAAGGAAGGAUCAGCUCCUGUGUCAGGCCUUUGCUUGAUUUUGUUCCUGUUCUGUUUUGAGCCCAAUACUUCGUCAUUUGUCCUCCGUUUGAGCAGAGAGUACGGCACUCCUUUGGUCAGCGACCACAGAGACCUGCAGAAAGCAAGAAAAACGACUCAUCAGGAUCCGUUUAAGAGAUUUCAAAACUUAUUGGAAGGAAUCUAUAAACACAGAAACAGAGAAAGUUUUGCACAUAAUAAAAUCAAAACAAAGAGUUUUAUUUCUGUCCAGAGAAGAAAAACACACCAAACACCAGAUUUGCUUUGUGCCUUUUUUGCUCUCAGAGGUUCAGUUAAUUUUCUCAGAUAACACUUUUUACUCCUAACAAUCGAUUAAUCUAUUGCUUAUUUAGAUGAUUAAUCGAUUAAUCAGAUACAAAAGUUGGCACAUUUUGCAGAUCUUUCAUCAAAGUCUUUUUUAUACAACAUUCGAAAUACAUUAAAGUAUUAAAAUUAACAUUUUAUUGCCUGAAAUGCAAUAACACAGCUUUCCUUUAGUGAACACUUGAUUAUUUGUAGCAAAUGAUGCGUCUGCAACUAAAAAAAAAUACCUGUAACAUGUGAAAAGCUCAGCUAUUUCUGCUUGAUUUAGCUUUUAUACAGUGUAUAGAUGAUCUAUUGAUUAUUUUUUGGAUGAACAGACUAAUAAUUUAACAGAAAAGGUGAUUAAUAGGAGAAUUUGAAUUUGAUGGAGCUAAAACCAUGUUAAUUGAGGAGUUCUGGGUAGAACGUAUUUACAGACAGAUAUUUUUACCUUAAGUGCAAAAUGUAUGUAUUUUUGUAAAGCUUUGGUUUAUUCACUGCUCUGUGUCGUUCUUUUAUCAAAUAGUCUCUUUUUUGAGUCUCUUUUCUCCGGUUAAUGAUUAUUUCAAUAAUCGAUUAAUCGUUUCAGCCCUAAUAAAUAUUUCUUAAACCGGAUUUUUUUUUUUUUUUUUUUUUUUUUUUUUUGAUGACCCCUGAAAUCUGCUGCUUACGCCAGGACUCAAACUCUGCAGCAUCAACUGAACUGAGUCUCUCUGUUUCUAAGAACUACAGAUGAAUCGGUCCUGGUCUUUAGCUGUUUCUCAAUUUAAAAAGAAACAGCUGGUUCUGUAACCUUCUGAGUCCAAGCUGGCAGAGGCUGCACUUCCCUGCAGGUUCAUGGAAAUGUAAUCUGUAGUUAUUUGCGCCAGAAGCUCCCAAACUGAACCAGCAUAUUUUGUAAACUUAUUUCUGUAUCCAUGGGAUUUGUCUUCUCUGUCGGCUGCUUUUUUAUUUCUACACUGCAAAAUCCAGUUCCUCAAACACUACAGUGUGUUUUAUUUCUGCUUCAGGACAAAGCUGUGCGAUCUGAACCAAUCUGGUUUCAGUCGUUUUGUCUGUGCUGCUGUGGGUUGAAGCAGGUACCAAAUGUGAAUGUGGCGGUGAAGAAACCUUCAGGCUGGUCUGACUCAUGACUCGCUGCAGCAGCCGACACGCAGGGCGCCGCGCUGAGCUGACAUGCAGCACCGAACACGCAGCAAUCCCUCCAGGUUGUUUGUUUAGUUUUGUCUCAGGUCACAAAACACGUUUUGCAUCAACAUGUUUUUCCAAAUUUUGCGUAAAUAUGAGAGUAACUGCCAGUUACAUAACAGCGUGCGUAACAAAUAUUUAUUUUCUGAAUAUUUAACUCUUUGAAUGCCAGUUUUAGCCACAAAAAGUGGAUUUUAUCACUGGACUUUUCCGAGGAGGCAAUAAUAAUAAUAAUAAUAAUAAUAAUAAUAAUGAUAGUAACUUUAUAACAUCAGCAAAAGUUUUAUGUUUUCGAAAGUUGUUGCUAGUAGAAAACAGAGUAAACUGCUCCACCUGUGGGCCAAGGACACAAAGUGUGAACUUUUGAAGAUAAUUAUAGAAAUCAACAUUUAUCAGCUUCAGUCCUCAAAUAUUAAAUAAUAUUCAGAUUUUUAAACCUCUUAAAUGCCUGUUUUACCUUGUGGAAAAUAAUAAAACAUAAAAAUCUGAAGGGAUUUCAACAUGAGGGAAUAAAACAAGCAACACAGUUUGGUCAGUUUAGCUCAAAAAAGCUCAUGAAGGAGAAACA